UCAUAUUUUCUGUUCAUGUUUUUAAGUUGUUGUUACUUGUUACCUGAUGUAUGUGAAACUGAACAGACGCUCCGUGACGGUGCUGUUAAACCUUCUAGACCUUUCCUUGACUCUGAUGUCAUCAGACUGGGCCGACCUGGAGUGGACUGCUACUGUCAGCAUGAGAGUGGAGCAGCUGUUCUUCAACUGCAGUUUCUCAUCAACGAGGGUGCGUUGGUCACAGCCUGUGCAGACGACACGUUACACCUGUGGAACCUGCGUCAGAGACGGCCGGCUGUUCUGCAUUCUCUCAAAUUCAACAGAGAAAGGAUCACUUUCUGCCACCUUCCCUUUCAGAGUAAAUGGCUGUACGUGGGAACAGAGCGUGGAAACACACACAUCGUCAACAUCGAGUCCUUCAUUUUGUCUGGAUACGUGAUCAUGUGGAACAAGGCCAUCGAACUCCACCUACACAGUGUUGGUGUGGCGUUAUCCUCGCCGUUACAUAAAUUGCUUCACUGUGGGCAGAUAUCUUUCAUCACUUCAUUAUUUCUGGUUUCUUGUCACACGCUGAAGCUGCUCAUAGGGUUUGAGAGUGGAACCGUCGUACAAUGGGACCUCCGAGGCAAGAAGGCCGACUUCAGAAUCUACUAUGAUGAGGCCAUUCACUCCGUCAGCUGGCAUCACGAAGGGAAACAGUUCAUGUGCAGUCACUCCGACGGCAGCUUAACACUGUGGAAUCUCCGAAAUACAACAAAGCCGUUCCAGGUCACCUUCCCUCAUGGUAAGAUACAGAAGGACGCGAGGAAGGAGUCGUGUAAACCCAUACUGAAGGUGGAAUACAAGACCUCGAGGAACAGCGAGCCUUUUGUCAUCUUCUCCGGCGGCCUCUCGUAUGACAAGGCAGGACGCCGACCCACGUUAACCAUCAUGCACGGCAAAGCCAUCACGGUGCUGGAGAUGGACCAUCCCAUCGUGGAGUUCAUGGUUCUCUGUGAGACUCCGUACAACAACGAGGUCCAGGAUCCUUACGCUGUGGUGGUUCUUCUGGAGAAAGACUUAAUUGUUGUUGAUCUGACUCAGAGCAACUUCCCAGUCUUUGAGAACCCUUACCCCAUGGACGUCCACGAGUCGCCUGUGACCUGCACAGCCUAUUUUGCCGACUGCCCCCCCGACAUCAUCCCCAUCCUCUACUCCAUCGGAGCUAAACACAAGAAAACGGGCUACAGCCAUAAGGAGUGGCCAAUCAGUGGAGGGACAUGGACGUUAGGCUCCCACACCUACCCAGAAGUCAUCAUCACAGGACACGCCGAUGGAUCCAUUAAAUUUUGGGACGCGUCUGCAAUCACUCUCCAGAUGUUGUAUAAGAUAAAGACCUCCAAGGUCUUCGACAAACCCAAGCCUGGUGACGGGCGGUCUGCAGACCUGGUAGAAGAAGACCCCUUCGCCGUCCAGAUGGUCAGCUGGUGUCCUCACAGCCGCAUCUUCUGUGUGGUUGGAAUCUCAGCUCACAUCAUCCUCUACAGGUUCAGCAAACACGACGCCAACACUCAGAUAGUGUCACUGGACGUCCGUCUGCAGUGUGAAUCAGAUGACGUCAUCACUCCGUCAGAGAAUGAAAACCCUCCGUUCUGUCCUGACUCUGGCUCCCACUCACCUCAGCCUCAUCACCAACUUCCUGUUAGUCCCAACAGUGGAGCUCCUGACAGUAACAGGGACAGCGUACCAUACCUGAAGGUCAAAGACAGAGUCGUUCGUGUUCCUCCUGGUUACCAGGCGGAGCUGGUCAUUCAGCUGCUCUGGGUGGACGGAGAACCUCCGCAGCAGAUCACCACUCUGGACAUCAACUCUGCCUACGGCCUCUUGGCGUUUGGAAACUGCAAUGGCCUUGCGAUCGUGGACUACUUACAGAAAACCAUCCUGUUGUGUAUGUCGACCCUGGAGCUGUACGGAGCCGCCGACCCCUACCAGCGCCUCACGCGCUCCCCCCGCAGGAACCGACAGUCCACCUCAGGCCUUACAGAACUCUCCGACAACCAGCAGUCCACUGACAUGGAGAGAAGCAAGUCUCCCACUGCAGUUUAUUACCCAUCAUCCCUUCACAACGAUGCACGCGUCCUGCCAGAACCUGUGGCCAGUCUGAGAGCCAGCCACUGCAGUCCAGUCUAUUACUUACUGGACAAUGUAAAGGGACCCGGCAGAAAGUUAAGUCUGCCAACAGAUCUUAAGACUGAUCUUGAUCAUGUCAAUGGACAUUGCACUAGCCCUACCUCCCAGCCCUGCACAGCGGGGAAGCCCCGCGCCCCCGGGGGGCCCGAGGGGCCACGGCUUACCCGCAGAGGCCCCGGCCGACCACCGUUCCGCAAGGCCCAGUCUGCUGCUUGCAUGGAGAUCUCUUUGCCUGUGUCCCACACUGAAGGUUAUGCAUCCAGGAGAGCGAUGCUUCAGCAGUUACACGGAGUCACUAUGUACUCCCACGACGAGCACCACAGCCCCCCCCCCUACUGCUGGACUGACCGAGAGAGUCGUGAAAACUCCUUCAGCCGCUCCCGCAGCUCCAGCGUGUCCAGCAUCGACCGCGACACCAAGGAGGCCGUCACAACGCUGCAGUUUGGAGAGUUCUACGGCCGAAAGAGCGACUCUGUGGCGCCCCCGUCUCUGUGGGUGGGCACCAGCCUGGGUGUGGUCGUGGUCAUCCCCAUGUCCAUCCCCACUGAGCAGGAGGACAGGCUGGAGGAACCAGUGUCCAUCGGCCCCAAUGGAGCUGUCCUGAUGCUGAAGGGCUCAGUCUUACGCUUUGGGUUCCUGGACCUCACGGGCGUCCUCAUUCAGAGCCCGUACGAAUGUUGGCGAGAUCCCAACGCCCCAGACGACCCCGACCGGCCGCGCAGGCGUAAGCUGGUCAACUUUUCCCCGUCGUCGUCACAGGAAGCCUGUGGAGAAGGACACCUGGCUGUGGUCUGCACCGAGAGGCAGGCCAAAGUGUUCCUGAUGCCCUCGCAGUCCUGUCUCUUUGUCCACAACAUCACCGAGUCCUCGUUCGUACUGCGAGCCGACGUGGUGUCGCUGUGUAACAGCGUGUGUCUGGCCUGCUUCUGUGCCAACGGUCACAUCAUGACACUCAGUUUGCCCAGUCUCAGACCUCUGAUGGACGUCAAUUACCUUCCUCUGACAGACAUGCGCAUCGCGAGGACCUUUUGCUUCACCAAUGGGGGGCAGGCUCUUUAUCUCAGCUCCCCCACAGAGAUCCAGAGGAUCACGUACAGCCAGGAGAUGUGUGACAACCUGCAGGAGAUGCUGGGGGAGCUGUUCACACCGACAGAGACCCCGGAGGCCCAGAACAGAGGCUUCCUGAAGGGCUUCUUUGGAGGAAACACAAACACCUUUGACAGAGAGGAGCUCUUCGGAGAGGCAGCGGCUGGGAAAGCAUCACGCAGCCUGGCACAGCACAUCCCUGGACAGGGAGGGCUGGAGGGCAUGAAGGUAGCAGCUGGUGGAGCUGUGGGCGACCUGGCUCGAGCCCGCAUUGCCCUGGAUGAGAGGGGCCAGAGACUGGGGGAGCUGGAGGAACGGACGGCCCUCAUGAUGUCCAGUGCAGAAACUUUCUCUAAACAUGCUCACGAGUUGAUGCUGAAGUGCAAGGACAAAAAGUGGUACCAGUUCUAAAGGCAGAGGGAGCGCUGGACCAGGAGGACGGUACGCUGGGAAAGGAGAGCAUUUAUGAACAGAGAGUAAAGACUGAGUCUCUAGGCUUCUGCUGCGGUCGGACAGGAUGUGUCGCUCUGUCACUCUAUUAUACGACAGGGACACGCAGGUCCCCACGUCCUGACACGACGUGCACCGGUGAGGACUAGUCAGGACGGGAACAGGAGGGCAACGUGUGUGUGUGUGUGUGUGCGCGUGUGUGUGUGUGUGUGCGCGUGCGUGACAGGAUUUUCUGGACCUCACUGUGUAGAUAUGGUUUCAGACCUUAAGAUACCGACGACAACUGCAUGAUACACACAUGGAUGAAUAUUUAAAACAAAUAAACUGCCAUAUUAAACCGCAGCAUGCUACUUUAACAAAGACACAAAAAUGUUUUAUUUAUUGAUGUAAGCCAACAACAGAAACUAUAAAAACUUUAUAUUUUUGAAAUACUGAUGAUAUAUAU